CGGUUAUUAUUCUGCAGCGGAAUCGAAACCGGAGCGGCGGUUAGCAGAACGAUGUCUUCACUCAGAGAAGUUUAUGAAGUUGGCUUAGAUUUCAUCGAGUUUUUGGGGGAAAGAAGAUCAAAGACGGACAAAAAAGAGCUACGAGACAUUUACAACUCGGAGUUCAGAAGGGAAAAAGGACCUAAUUUUUGUAGGUUGGUCAACGCCUUGGUAUGGUUCAACAAAGCCAGUAUGAGGCAGGGAAAACUUGUCCUGCAUGCCAAAACUCAGGUACGCCUGUACUACUGUGAUCAGUGGAGAUCCAGCCCACGCUCAAAUCCGACUGUAGGCUCGAGACCUGAUCAUGAAGGCAACACAGCUCCAGAGUCUAGACAAGGUGUCCUUUACUCAUCACCCAAAGUCAACCCCGUCCUCACGCCAAAGAGAAAACUUGCUCAGGAAAUCCUUAAAAAACUCAGGACAAACAGACCACAGCUUAUUUCUGACAAGGGAAGCAUCGAGAUUACAUCUUCUCCUCCCAGCAAAAAUGGAAAAGUUGUGCUCAAUAUUGAGCUUCUAGACACAGUGUGUGUGGUGACGUUCCAGAUUGUAAAUAAAGGGCAAAAGUGCAUUCACUUCACCUUCUACACCGCACUGCACAAGAUACGCUGCUUCACUUUAGUCGAUGAGAGGCGAGUGAGCAGGGUUUCCCCUCUGCUCCUUUGUCCAGGUGAGAGCUAUGCAGUUGAGGUGAAGUACCAAGUUCAUCACUAUGGCUGCUUCCCAGCCACCAUGUACUUUGAGUUCUGCCCCGAGUCUGAGUCUUCAGACCCCCCCAAACCUUUCUGCAUUGUGAGGGAGAUUGAGGCAAUGGUGCACACUCAGCUGGGCACUGAGCUGGGCCCAACAAGUCCGUAUAGACCCAGAAAGAGAGGGCAGACACGCCCCGAGGACCGAGUGGUAGAGGACGGUGUGCCUCCUAAGAGCAGCAUAACACAUGCUUUAAUACCGACCAUGAAGCUGAAGCCCUAUGAGUACUCCACUUACUUGAAGAACUUGGUCCGACACUGGGAUGACAUUGAGAAACUUUCCUCUACAGCGAGGCAGCAGCUUCCCAGAGUGAGAGGUGUGUUGGAGAAGCCCCUGUCUAUAAAGAAGUACGCUGAACGUUUCCACCUUGUCCUGCACCUAGAGGAGAUUCAAAUGGAAGAAGAUAUAAAGAAGUAUGAUCUGUAUGGCCAGACCAUGAAACAGGACAAAACUAACAAAAACCUACUUGUACUGCAGGUACCUGGAGUGGCAGAGAACAGGCCGUCUGUGCUAAGAGGAGAUGACUUGACUGUUUAUUUGUCUGAAGAUAAAACCCAGCCUAUCACCACGUACAAAGGCUAUGUUCAUCGUGUAGAGUUGGAGAGUGUUAAGCUGGGAUUUUCGAAGAAGCUUCUACAGAAGUUCAUUGCCAAUAUGAAGUUCAACGUGGAGUUCAGCUUCAACCGUUUCCCACUUAGACUCCAGCAUCGAGCUGUACAGCUGGCUGCUGAACACGGGCUGGGAGAUGUGUUGUUUCCCACUCACAAUGGAGUCAAGCAGGCAGCAUUGCCAAAGCUAAAGAUGUACAACCGAGAUCUGGAGACCAACCCUGAGCAGAAGGCGGCUGUGCAACACAUUUUGUCUGGCCAGUAUAAACCUGCCCCAUACCUGAUCUUUGGCCCACCUGGCACAGGAAAAACUGUCACUCUGGUGGAGGCCAUAAAACAGGUGAAUAAAUCUGGUCCUGGUGUCCAUGUUCUGGCCUGUGCUCCUUCUAAUAGUGCUUGUGAUCUGCUCUGUGAGAGGUUGCUGGGAUUCGUGGAUACUCACCGUCUGUUUCGUCUCUAUGCCAGCAGUAGGGACCCCCGUGCUGUACCACAGAAACUACUGAAAUGCAGUAACUGGGUUGAAAGUCAGGGCAGUUUCAUCCUGCCCCCUAAAGAAACUCUAAUGAAGUACACCAUCAUUGUGGUCACGCUCAUCACUGCUGGAAGGCUUGUAACGGGAGGCGUCCCAGUGGGUCACUUCACACACAUCUUCAUAGAUGAGGCCGGACAAGCUGUGGAACCUGAAUGUGUUGUCGGAAUUGCAGGUCUUCUCCAUCCUGAGAAGAGCCACCUGAUUUUGGCUGGAGACCCUAAGCAGCUCGGCCCUGUCCUUAGAUCUCCACUGGCUCAACAACACGGACUGGGGCUUUCGUUGUUGGAAAGACUGAUGACCCAAAACCCGCUCUAUCAGAAGAACCAAGAUGACCACCAGAAUUACGACACUUGCUUUGUCACCAAGCUACUACGUAACUACAGGUCUCAUCCUGCCAUUCUGAAAAUCCCUAAUGAACUUUUUUAUGAAGAUGAGCUACAAGUGUUUGCAAAUCAGAUGGAGCGAGAGGCCUUCUGCCAGUGGGAGCACCUUCCGAAAAAGGGCUUUCCAGUGAUAUUCCAUGGGGUGAUGGGAAAAGAUGACAGAGAAGCAAACAGUCCGUCCUUUUUCAAUGUGAACGAGAUAGAGGUUCUCGUCAGCUACCUCAAAAAACUCCUGCAAAGUCAUGGAAAGAAAGGUCUGCCCAAACUCCAUGCCACUGACAUUGGCAUCAUUGCUCCCUACAGGAAGCAAGUGGAGAAAAUGCAGAAAGCUCUCAAAACAGUAAAAGAACUACAUCAGUGGAAAGACAUUAAGGUGGGCUCAGUGGAGGAGUUCCAGGGUCAGGAGAAAAUGGUGAUCAUGGUGUCUGCGGUCAGAAGCAGCAACAACUAUGUGAAGAUGGACCAAGAGUUUAACAUUGGUUUCCUUACAAAUGAGAAGAGGUUUAACGUAGCCAUGACCAGAGCCAAAGCUCUGCUCAUAGUGGUAGGAAACCCUGUCAUCCUGAGCAAGAAUCCCACCUGGCAGAGUUUUUUUCAGUACUGUGGGCAAGAGCAGGGCUACACUGGCUUUGACUACAGGGAUUUUGAGGGGGAGGAUGAUGUGGUGACUCGGCUGGCAUCUUUAAAAAUCAGCACCUCAACUGAUGAAAUAGAAGAGAGUGCAGUGCAACAGCAGGUGCAUCCUGAGUGGAGGAGCGAACAGUGAAACGUUUCCAGAUCAACCAUCAGCUCAAUGAGAAACUGAGCAGUGGCCGUUGAAGCACAUUCCUCUAAACUGCUGUUUAUAAAGAAAGCAGAAAGAUAAGCAUUAAUACUAACCAUAAUACUAACUCUAUUCAUGCUGACAUAAAAUACUUUUACAUUUUUCAAUAAGAGACCACAAAUUGAAAGUCAUAGUACAUGUUCCAAGCUUAAAUAGUAAAUUUAACAAUCCAGCACUGAGUCCAAAGUCCUUUCUAUGCUUGUGAUUUCUUGCUUUCAGAAUGAUUUGUUGAACUUUAGAAUCUUUACAUGGCUAUAUGUAAUUUUGAUAAGCUUUUUUGAUCUAGUUUAAAAAGAGUGAGCCGUUUUAAAGCCUUAAUCUAUUCUAGAUUUUGGGGGGGGGAAGAACCCAAGUGAUCCAGAAUGGGGGAAAGUUAUUUUAAAUUUUUCCAUGCUCUGUUCACACACUUUCACAGAACUUGGGCAUUAAAUACAAUAAAGUACUUUUAUAUAAA